AUGUCUAACUCCUUUUGGAAGUUUGGGCAGGAUUCCGCUCUGGAGUCUCCCUUGAUGAACAUUUUGAACCGAGCUUUUAUUCGGAUAAGCGAUGGCGACAGCAGUCGUUACUUUCACCAUGAGCGUGCCCGUGAGGACGCGAAACUGCACCGCAAGUGUGAUAUAGAUACUGGUGAUGAUGAGAGCGCAGAUGAGGGUGUGGAGGAAAAUUCAGCUAAGUUGCCAGACACUGAAGCUGGGUAUAAGGAGUACGAGCCGAACCUGGAGCUUUUGGACGAGUUGUUGGACGACGAGGAACUGUACACGGAAUUGAUGUGCUCGAAUUUUAAACUCUUGAUAUAUCUGAAAUAUCCGGCCGUUCUAUCAAAACUAGUGAACUACGUCCUCGUGGAUAUUGAACCGUUGACUAUUAGCGGAGAGACGACAGUAAUUGUAAACACUGAUGAGGGAGACGAUAGUCCGGUUGGUGUUAGCAAGGCCGCUGAUCAACUCCCGGGAGGAAAGGAAGCCAAUGAAAACGGCACUGGUGCCAAGGACGCAUCCAAAGAGAUAGGAGAUGAGGACCAAGAAGGCUCUUCGACAAUGGUUUUUGAAACGGAAGAGGAGGCCGACUCCCGAAGGGCACACAUUGCUGCUGAAAUCCUGUCUGCUGACGUUUGGCCAAUAUCUGCUGCAAUAAUGGAGAGCCGCGAACUACUGGAAAAACUCUGGACGAUCACGGAUGUGGGAGAACCUCUGCCCAUCGAAUCCUCGACGUAUUUCAUGAAGAUAAAUGAGCGGCUCUUGGACAUGGAUAUGCCAGGAAUGGUAGAUUUUAUUUUGACCCAGAAUGGCGUUGUAGACAAAUUUUUAGCUCAUAUUGAUGACCCGCCACUGAUAGACUUUUUUCUGAAGGUAAUAUCAACAGAUAAACCGGACGUCCAAAACGGGGUUAUAAAAAAAUUGAAGGAAGAGCAGCUGAUACCGAAACUUGUAGACAGGUUGGGACCUAAUUAUGAUUCCUCGAUACAGUCUGCUGCAGCAGAUUUUUUGAAGGCGUUAUUGGCCGUGAGUGGUAAUUGUUCUGACGAGAUAACGUCCAGCAUUGGCCCUAACGAAUUGACCAGGCAACUUUCGUCGCCAGAGGUGAUGGAAAAUUUGAUAGAGAUAAUGCUGAAGGGAAGCACAUCACUAAGCAACGGGGUUGGAAUUAUCAUAGAGCUAAUAAGAAAAAAUAACUCAGAUUACGAUGUUGUUCAGGUUAUCCAUACGACGGUGAAGACGCAUCCUCCAAGCGAUAGAGACCCGAUAUAUUUAGGACACAUGCUCAAACUAUUUGCCAAGCAUAUGUCCAAGUUUAACGACAUCUUGGUGAAUAGAACACCACCAAUACUGGAAACUUCUUUUGGCAGGAUCGAACCGCUGGGGUUUGAACGGUUUAAGAUCUGUGAACUGGUCGCUGAAUUGCUGCAUUGUUCGAAUAUGGGGUUGCUGAAUGAAAGUAAAGGAGACUCAUUGAUACACGAGCGCGAUGUUCUGCGACAAAAACUUUUAGAGUCGGACGAGAUACCAAACGAAACAGAGAAAGAGAAUGAAGAACUAUCCAGUGAAAUCAAUUCUCUGCAUAUGGAAGACUCGAUUUCUUCCGAGCAAACUGGGGACGAUGAUAAGUCAGAUGUAUCGAACGAAACGAUCCCUGACGAUGAAAUGACCGAAGUAGAAUUGCACAAAAACCCAACUAUUGGUGAUUUGCUAAAGUUCGCGUUAUUGGAUACCCAGAUAAUUGCCACAAUAUUGGAGAUGUUUUUGCUAUUUUCAUGGAAUAAUUUCCUUCACAACGUUGUAUUUGAUAUCGUGCAACAAAUAUUCAAUGGCCCAUUGAAGACGGGAUAUAAUCGAUUUCUAUUGAAAGAUUUGCUGUCAACCUCAUCAAUUACAGAUAUGAUCAUAAAUGGCGAUGAAGAAUCUGAGAAACACCAAUUGGAAACACAUAUACGGCUCGGUUAUAUGGGUCAUUUGACGUUGAUAGCAGAGGAGGUAGUAAAGUUUUCUGCGUACUUAGACGAGAUGAAUGUUUCGUUUUCUACGCCAGUAAUACACGACCGUCUGCACGAGGCAAGAUGGGUCAAAUAUACCGAGGGUGUUCUGACGGAGAGACGAGAAGAGUACGAUACUGUCUUAGGUGAUACUAUCGACAAUGAAGACGACGGUCCAGGGCGGAGAAAUGGGAUUCCCACCAAUGACGAGGACAUUGCAUAUCAAACACGGAAUAUAAUAUUCAGCAACGAGGAAGACGACGAAGAGGAGAAAAGCGAUGAGCAGGAAGGAACAGAAGAGAAAGUACCAAAUACGGACGUGAAAAUUGUCGAAGAGGACGAAAACAGGCACAGCUCGGAUGAGGAGGAGUACUCUACUUCCGCCGAAUAUCAACGCCAUGACGUUGAUUAUUACAACCCGAACAGUCCAGCAACGUUUAGUUUAGGCUUGACUGGAUCAUAUUUUGAUGGCUGUGACGAUGACGACGACGAUUAUGCUGAGUAUUCCGAUAAAUUUAGCAAUGAAUUCACACCGGCACAGGAUUUAGUUCCCAUUGCAAACAAGAACAAAUCCGAUAUAAAUGUGAACCCAUUCACAGAAUACAUGUCGAAUCAGCUGGGUAGGGUGGCUAGCCAUGGAGAAAAUAUCCAUGACCAAAACCCUCUCUUAUCUAAUACUUACGAUUCUGUCGAUUCAGACGAGGAUAGUGAUGACAGGGCAACGGAUUCGGACGGGGAGGUAGAUCUCACCGCAGCUGAACAUGCUGCCUGGCAUGCUGAGGUUUCCUCAUUGCACCCGCUGGAAAAAAAAUCAUCCUUUUCUUUACAAGAGGAGGAUGUGUUCCAGCACCAAUUUGAAUGGGGAGAUAACGAAGAAGAAGAGGAGGACCAGUACGCAGAUCCGAACGACGACGGUCAGUCCUACGCCAAGAAGACCGUUUUCCAGUCUACGCUAUCGUUCCCCCACAGUGGAGGUAGGAUUUCGCCGAACCACUACUUUCCGGUAGAAUGGGACUCACUCAGUAAUGGAGAUGCAACAACACAAGAAGAUGACCAAGAACAACUGUGGUAA